AUGAGUUAUUCUUCGGUCGUAUGGAUUGAUGAUCCAUUCUUUAUCAAACGUCAACGUGUUCAAAUGGCUUGCUCUUUUUGUCGUCAUCGAAAAAUUCGAUGCGACGGUAGAAAUCCUUGCGCAAACUGCAAGAAAUAUUCUACUAGUUGUACUUAUAUUUCAACUACUUCUACUGACUCUUCUAUUUUCGGUAUACAAGCUUCUCAUGGAAAACGUCCUUUAGAUGAUGUCACAGAACGUCAAACUCUACCUCCAGCUCUCCGUCGUAAUCCUACUUCCCAAGGAAUUUUUUCGGCUCCUUCCCCUCAAUCUUCAACAAUCCUGUCAAGCAAUUCGAUUUCUGUUGCUAAACCGGAACCAAAAUUACCUCUAAUUGAUGAUCAUGUAAUACCUCCCGACGAUAUCGUUGAACAUUUACUUGAACUCUAUUGGGCCAAUGUCCAUCCUUACGUUCCAGUUCUAAAUAAAUCAAUUUUUUUACAACAACGUGAGAAUCCUGAUGAUCCUCCUUCUCUCUUGUUACUUAAUGCUAUGUUUGCCGUCGCUGCUGAAUUUUCUGAUCGUCCAUCUGUGCGCACUGAUUCUGAAUCUCAUGAAAAAGGUGGUUGGGUCUUUUUUGAUAGAGCUCGUAAUAUCCUUGAUUCUUUUUUGGAUGCUCCGAGAAUGUCUACUAUAGCUGCUCUUAUCCUUAUGUCAAUUUAUCAACAACAUAAUACUAGGCGGUCUGGAAUUUCCCCUGGUUAUUUUCGUAGAUGGAUGUAUAUUGGAAUGGCUAUUCGUAUGGCUCUUGAAUUGGAUUUAAAUAAGGAUUGUGAUGACCCUCAUCUUGAUCGUUCUCAUAAAGAAUUAAGAAAACGUUUGUGGUGGUCUCUAUUUAUGGUAGACGUAUUAGUUUGUUGCGGAAUUGGUAAAGCAAGUAAUAUUGAAGAAGAAGAAUGUACUAUUCCUGAACCUGAUGAAAAUGUAAAUGAACCUGAAUUAAAAGUUGAUGGUGCCCUUAGAGAAUUUAUUCAUCAAAUUAAAUUCACUAGAAUGCUUCACUUACUAUUAAAACAUAAUUUUUCUUAUAAAGUUUCAACUACUUCUCCAUAUCUUAAUCAAGAUAGUAUUGUGGCUAAUUUUGAAGAUCAAAUUCAAGAUUGGUUUUCUCAUUUACCUAUACAAUCUACUCAUACUACAGAUUCUCUUAUUGAUAACUCAAACAAUUGUUCUACAACAAUGUUACAUCUUAGAAUGUUAUAUUACUCUUUUAUCAUCCUUCUUCAUAGAAGAUAUAUUCUAAAUCAAGAUUCUCUUUCAAAAUGUAUUCGAGCAGCACAAGAGGUUACUCCAAUUGGUGCUUCAAUACUUCGUAAUUAUUCAUCCCCUUUUAGGGGAUUCCUUAAUUGUACUACUUGGUGUUUAUUACAAGCUGGAAUGAUUCAUGCUUUGAAUAAAGUUGUGGGAAAUGAAACUUCUUGUAGAGUUGCUGAAGAACAUUAUGAGAAAAUAGUUCAUCUUUUUCAGGAAUAUUCUCAAACAACCGCGUUACAAGUUUUACAAGAUCAUGCAAACACUUGCAGUUCACAUCGUUUAUCCGUAAUAGAUGUUUGGACUUCUUCCGAUAACCCUCCACAGCAAUCACCGGAAAUGUUCGUCUUUUCACCUGGAAGUAAGAGCUUACAAUAUGGUGCUACUACUCUCCAUAUGUCUCCGGGUACGGCUGCUUGUACUUUUGACACACCUCACAUAUCUCAAAUCACAACAACGCCUUUUUCCAGUCCACAUAAUGGGACAAUAUCACCUCUCUGUGGGACAACUCCUCAUCAAUCCCCAAAUGUCGAUCUCGGUCAAUUUGCAAAUAUAACAUCUCCUUUAUUGGAUAAUGAGAAUACACCUGUUCACUCUCCUGAUGAAUUUGUUAACUAUAAUAAUCCUUUUCCUGUUCUGAUCACAUAG